GCCUUAUGUGCGAAUAGCUCUUGUUCUAUGGCUACUACGUUUCGAAACAGGUAAGGAUAUAUAAUUUGUAGUUUCUAAGACAAUAUGACGGCUCCUUUGUAGGUUUACCUGAUCAGAAUUAACAUUUGCGAUUUAUUGUAUGAAACUAUUUGAUCACGGUCAUGAUCAGUUUACAUUUCUCAUUUGUACGAGCAAAUUAUCUUGCAAGAGGUACUUUUAAGCCUAAUAAUACCUUUGUUAAGUAAAAGUUGUACAAUUUUCAUAUACUACAUGGUCAUUUCAAUCAAUGCAAGUUAAAAUUCUUCUGCUACUUUCAUGAAGAAGGAAGUGCUACACAAAAUGAACUAAUCAGAGAACAGUUAACAUUCUGUGUUAAUUUCCCAAGAUGGCGUUCGCUUAUAGUUUAUUUCGUUGGUGUUUAAAGGUCUUAAUGAAUCUGCCACAACAAGAGGAGGACGUCAUUGUCUUUUCGUGAUUUUCUAAAUAUUUAGAUGAACGAGGGAUUUGUGGUGUGCGAACAGUCAGUCACGCAACAUAUGUUAUGCAGCGUGUCCGCAUAUUUUGUUCCCGAGGGAGGUUAUGUCAGGGUACGUUCACACUAAUUCUUCGUUUUCACUGUCACGCAAUAAACACGGCACAAAAAAAUACAUUUGAAACCGUCCAGUGGAAGAAGCCAAGAAAAUGAAAUGUUAUAAAAGACUAAUAUAUAAACAAUUUGUCCAAAUCUCAGGUCUUUGUGGCCCACAGUUUCUGAGUUAGUUGCCGAAACAUUUCACGCACCUUUGUAGAGCUUUGUAUGGAGACGCCAUAUUGGUGGACAGAAACUGUCCACGAAUAUGGCCACCGGAAAUCAACAAAAACAUCUGGAGUUCACUUUUUCUAUAAAAACUCCUCCUUUUCACUUGAGAACUAGCAUACUUGCGCAUAAACAUAUCUUCUAAUACUUGAAAUGGUUAAACUGCUGAAAAUCAAGCGGAGAGACUUUUUUCAAGGAGAUAGCAUUCCUAUUUUGGUGUCACGCACUGUGAAAACUCGGAAGUUCAAACUGCUGUAUUUUCGAAAUGAAACAUGCUUCGGGGCUGGAAACUUGUACAAUCUUCAACCUAGUGUAAAAAGAAUUCGUAAAACCUCGCUUUUUUGACUUUGCAAUCUGAUGACGUCACCGUGAAAACCAUCAAUGCCCAGGGACGGGUACAAAAUGGUGCUUUGUCCACACUCUGGGUACGCAAAUUGUCUUUCGUCCACUUUGCUCCGUCAGCAGACGCCAUUUUUGCAAAAGGAGCGUAGCAAGGAGUUAUGGGUAUGCGAAGAAGUUCGAAGAAGUUGAUUGUGUGGGUAGCACUGCCUCGGAACCAACGGAAAACGCGUGCUUACAGGGACCCGGUGCCCACUUGAGUGCCCGAGUACAAGGUCUCGACCAGCGGGUAUAACUGUUCAUAGAUUAAAAUUCAGUAGAAGAAGACACAAACACAGAAAAUGGAUAACUUUUAGCGUGUUUUCAUUUUCUUUUUUGUGUGUGUCCUCGAAGAUGAUGAAUUUUAAUAUAUGUUGCGUCGGGUCUUCUCAAUGGUCAGGGUUCGCGUCCCGUUUUUUUCUUUCUUCAGGUCAAGUCCUUUUUCAACGGCUUAGAUUGUUUCCUUAACAAUGAGGAUUCACCCACCUCUGUACAUUCUCUAUCACUGGAAUUUCACAUACAUGAUUUGUUUCAUAUAUCAAUUCAGAUCGUAUGUCAACGUUUAUCCUUAGUAAUUCAUACAUAGUACACGUCAGACGUAAAAUUUUUCAUCAGACCAAUCAGUUUCUCAAAGCUUAUUCCUUUCUUUUUUUUUUUUCUGUUUCAGUUUCUAUGGGCGCGAUCCAUUCAACCAAAAUUUCCGGAAAUUUCGGUCCAAAACUCAAUGGAUCGGUUCGGUCCAACCGGAAAAGUUUCGAAAAAACGGGUCCACCUUUUGAGGUGGUCCACUUUUCCCGGUCGGACCGGUUGGAAUUUUGGUUGAAUGGAUCGCGCCCUAUCUUUACCGGGCUGCCGGGCAAGCCCAGUCAUAAAAUGGGUUUUCGGUCGUCCGUGUCACAAAGUGGUCAUCCGGGGGAGGGAAAACACGAGGGUCUGGUACGUAGAAACGAUGUUCUCACAAAUGGUUUCAUAGGGUUUUCUCUUGCAUGAACUCUUGCACGGAUACUUUUUGUACCUUGUCUGCGUUCCCCCUGAAAAAACCCACAAGGCGUUGCGAACCUGAAGAAGGCUAUUUGCGUAGUUCGAAGCUAUUCGACCAUGGGAGUAAUUCUAUAAUUUUUUUAUUGUUCGAGUUUAAGUCAGUUAGAUGAUGUUGGCGCUGGGAAACUCAGAGAAAUGCUCGCGUUGCAUUCAAACCGACACGCCGUUCACGGUAGGUUCACACUAAAAGACUGAAAAGAUGACUGUGAGCGUCAGGUUUGGAACGCCGUGGCUGCUUCGUGAACUAUCGAUCGAUGUAGUACAUGAGCAAUUAAGAAGCACAAUUUAUGAGCAAAGUAUUUCACCAGUUGACGACACUGUGGCUGAAGACUUGAUUGUAAGCCGUCAUAGUCGGUGAAGCGAACAACUCAGUUGCCGAUGAAUGGCAGAUGAAUCCUGAUGUGAGGCACGUCCAUAAGCGAGGGACGUGACAACUUUGCCAUGUUAGAAGACUGGCUUUUCCUUUAUAUAUUUCCUUCUAUUUAAUGCAACACACGCCACUUUGGAGAUCUAAAUUUCGGAUACUGAGGAUAAAGAAGACACGGACAAAAAUAGGAACUCUGAGAAUUUCGCACACAAGUAUAAAGCUUCUCCGGGACAUCCCAUCCGGGAGCUUCACAGAGAGCGACUUGAGGAAAAUAGGAGCUAUUACUGACAAGGUUUGGUGACUGAGUAGUGCAUACAAGUGUAGCCCCUGUCGAGGUUUCAGGGGGUUUGCUUUUGUUUGUAUCUGUAUCUUGCUAAGCUUUUGUCAUUAAAUUUGUACAAGAUCUUGUGAUCACAAUUCUGUGUUUUCGCCCAUUCAGCAAGCACGCUAUAUUGAUGUCAACAUUAGCGAGUUUCAGAAACAUGCCUUUGAAAAUUUUCAGCUCUCGUGAUGUUUCUUGAUAUUUCUUUUACCAUUUUAUGGAGAUGUAAACUGAAGUCACCGCAAAAUGGAAACUUAAAAAAGCGUAUAAUCCAUUUAUCUCGAAACAUAACACACAUGACUUAUACGACCUUUAUUUUCUGUAUUUUCGUAUAGGUGUUUUGAAUACGAACGAACACAGUCAAUGUGAGGGGCAAAAACAGCAUUAAUAUAAAUGAACCAUAGGAUUUUAACUAAUAUAAGGGUCAAUUAUUGUGCAUUGAGAUGAGUCGCUUGAAAAGAGAGACUUCGCUUGAAGAUGUGAUCAGAAGUAAACAAAGGCAUAAUAGUUCGUCACGUUCAGUCUUUUUAAUAUCCAAGGAGUCUCUGUGAAUAGUGUUUCCAUAUUGUUUAGCUAGCACAAAAACCUCGGACGAGUUAUAAAGCGGCAUAGUUUCCAUGAAGAAAAGUUAGUCUUGGGUGAGACAAACAGAACUGGAGCGAAUUUUUAACUCACAUCGGUAUCAGGUAAAAAAUAUGUUAUCGAUCGUUUCAUCUAUUUACAUUGUUUGAAGUGCGUGCUGGUGAACGCAACAUGCGAGCGAGAAAUCUUUAAACUUUUUUAGCUCUCAAAAUGCAAAGGAUUGUAUUCCUUUAAGUUAGAGAAAAAUACCGUGAGGAAAAUCUUAAAACUGAAUACUUUUCAUCUUGUGAAAAAAAUAGUGCGUUUUCAUGUAGACUGUGGACCGAAAAUUAGGAUCGCACUUUUCACAAACAUGCGAAUUGUGGAGUUCAGAAGCCAACCGACGAUUGCGUUUUUCGCUGCUGUCAAUCAUCUUAACGGACCUCUUAGGAAACAAAACUUUACUUCACGGGUUCAAAAGGUCAUGGUUUGUGAUUUGUGGAUUUCGAUCCGUCUUGUGUGUUUGUCUGUUUCAAGGUUCGUUGCUUGUGAUCGUAAUUAUGAUUGACGGCAGCGAUAAACACAAUUGUGAAGGUGGCUUUUGAACUUUAGAGUUCGCAUGUUUGUGAAAAGCGCAGUUAAGUCUCCGUGCAGUCAGUGAGGCCCCUGGAUCAGGCGGGAUCAAUGGGCAGUUAACUGUCUGUUUUAGUAUACUUCUGGUUUUCAUACAAUACAAUAUUUCUGUCUAGUGUAAAUCAGCUCAGUCUGUCGCAUUUUAUGCUCGUAGAAGGACAACAAUUUUUGGAAUUUCCGGUUACGUCAAAUUAGUCACGUUAUACUGUCACGCUAUAUUUUGGGGCACAGAGGGAUUGGGGGAGGGGGUGCGUGGAAAUAAUGCAAAUUGUUUCCUGUUUAGAAUUCAUGGCUAACUUGUUUAUUUUUAUUCAUAAUGGUGGAAUUUAAGAGUUAUUAUACAGCCCCCACUUAAAAAUGGUACUCUUUUUUUUGGUUAUGAAAGUCUUUCAAAAGGGUACAAUGUUCUGAAUGAGUUUAUGUUUCAGUCUCACAUGAGAUUCUGUUACAUGCAAUGGUUGCCGACAAGGUUGUAUGGUAGCCUGAGUGUGUAUAGCCGCCCCCUCCCCUCAGAAAAAAUAGCCCCUUUGCAGCCCAGUUAAAAAUCGCCUUUCGGCGAUUCUUGUUUUUUUUAGAACAGAGAGGGGCCUUCAAUGUAAUGGGCCCCACACCCCGGCGGCCUGGGUUCAAGUGUAACAUACAAUGGCGAGUUGUUGCUUCAGACUCUAAGACAAUUUCUAGACUUGUAAAUUACACUUUGUAAAACUUUUAUUAAAUUGACUCCUGAACUACGUUAGGGAAGCUCCGCCAUUUCUCUUAAUGUGCAAACAACACACACACAUCAUAAGGGUUUACUUCAGGGAUGGAUUAUUAGAAACGUGAUGGGGGUGGGGUCAGCUGUCAGAGAGGUUGGCUCGCAAGGAUAUUCUCUGGAUGAUUGCCUGUGUAAGAUUUAUUGUUUUCCCACCUCCACCAUCACUUUUUUCAUGAUCAGGUGCUUUUAUAGUCGACAUAAUCCGUCUUUUUUAUCUUUUCUUAUAUUGCCUAGAGGGACAGAAGGCUUGUUCUUGCUACACUUUUGAAGGUAAGAUGAUCGACAAAAUGUUGAACUGGAAAAAGGCAAAUGAAUCUUGUGAGGCUACAAAUAUACACCUUGUUGUCAUGGAGACUGAGGCAGAGUGGCGAUUUAUUACCGACGAAAUUGGGAAGCUAGAUAUCAAAUAUAAUGAGUGGCACAUUGGUUUGUUUAAUGCAAGUGGAAACUGGACUUGGAUCAAUGGUAAACCUCUGACUUUAAACAAGUGGCAAACAAAUGAACCUGGCCCUGAGGACCUUUAUGGUCUCAUUCAUAAGAACUUUCCUGUGGGUUCUAAUGGGACAUUCAGCAGCGCUAAGGGAGUUAUACAUAGAGGUUAUAUUUGCGAGCAAGAAACAGGUAAAACUAAGUCACAUUAACGUAGGUGUAUUCUCAAAUGUGCUUCUUUUCAUUUCACCUUCAGACUAAAUAGCCUCUUAAAAGACGGUCACGGAAGCAACGUUUUAUUCAGUACAAGCGCAGUAGUUAUAAUUGCUACUUAAUUGUAACGAGCUGUGUUUGUUUUAAAUACUAUGAAAACGAUGCGUCGUGAUUCGUAAUUGUAAUUAAAACAACUUUAUUGAAUAACUUCUUGGCACGACUAGGGACCGCAGAUCGCAACCACUUUGAGAAAAGGUGUUUGUUAAAUAAGUCAUUAUAUAAUUGUUUUUUCUCAUUUUAAAUCGACUUAAAGGUGGCUCGAGGGUUUUUCAGGGUCAAUACCUCCCAAGUUUGAGCAUAAAAUAAGUCGCCAUAAUUCUAGAAUUUAGUUUUAGAAUAGAUGGAUUUUAUUUGUAUGCCUCGUUGCGCUACGCUCUAGUCAGCGGUUUAUUGUAAAAAUGUUUGUUUACUAUAACAAAUAAGCAAAUCGUGUUUAAACCAUGACUGAGUUUCAAGAUUAGUGAUAUAUUGUAAGGCAGCAAAAUUACGGCUGUUAUUCGUUUUUUUUUUUUUUCAGAAAUUUCCUGUUUACAAGUGACAGCUUCUCAUUAUUCAGGGGUAUUGUUUCCAACAAGUUUUAUUUUUGAGUGAACAGCAGCAACUGACGAUGCAUUUGAAAUAUGUAUGCAAAAAGGUUGUCCUCGAAAAAAUAAAACUAGCCGUAGAAGCUUCUUUUUAAAUUAUCUCGAUAACGCUCUUACAGAUUUCGCUUAAAUUUUCUCAAACAUUGAGGCGGCUAUUGGAAGAAAAGUUUCUCGUGAUUGAUUUUCAAGAACAGUUCCUAGUGCCGAAAAAUACGGCUGCAAGUAAAAUAGGUGAUGGCGUCAUCGACAUGAUGUCGUGAAACCCUGAUCACAACAUAUUUUCAUUUUUAUACAGCUGUGGUGGUAAUUUUUCCAAAUCAUUUUUAAUGGCGACGUAAUUUAUGCUCCAACAUGUGAGGUAACUCUAUCGAGCCACCUUAAUUAACUUUAUCUUUUUCCCUUACAGAUAACUGCGACAUAACUGGCAAUAUAAGCGUCUGUAUGAGACAUUAUGAUGUGACGACACCUACUGAAAGACCACAAACCAGACCAACCUCAUCACAUCAGUUCACCACCACAGAAACAGACAGUACAAAUUCAGCUUCUCAACUCCCAGGUUUUCCAAGCUUUAGUCCAUGCUUAGUCAUAUUUAUCAAUAAAAAAUGAGGGACCCUCAUUUUUCUCUCUCCCCGCUGCGUCUCGCCUUUCUCGCGUGGGGUGAUUUUCACGCCCGCUCGCUUUUCGCUGGCUUUACUAUCCCUGAGGAAAUAUGGGGACUGCUCGUAGUCUAUCAAAAUUCGAUUAAUCAGAAACUAUUUCGAAAGUUUUGUAAUGCAAAUUUGUUACCGCAUUUGAUGAUAGCGAAGACACUGUUUGAAAUGGCAGAAAAUCACGUAAAUUCCUUAAAGCUCUAGGAUCUAUAGAUAAUUUCCUCAAGGUAACAUAAUUGUACUCCACGACUUUGAAGUAAAAUUUCUUUAUCAUUUAUACUUCCUUUAUAAAGAAACCGAACAAGGCCAGGAAGAGAGAGAGAGAGAGAAAGAGAGAAAGAAAUAGAGAAGGAAUUAAGCUUCCAAAAACAAAACGUAGCAAAUAGAGAGAACUUCAAAUUUUUCAAGCCUUUUUCCCACUGCAUGGGAAGUGCUUAAAACAUAUAAUGCUCUUUUCGAAGGGCUUCUUUUAUCUGAAGGCGAGACUUGAUUAGUGGAAAACGUUCAGUUUUCGGUUUUAGUUUUUCGUUUCCCAUAAUAAAAGUUUUAUCCUGGAAACAUGAUUUAAUGUAUCACGUGUAUCAUACUUUUUAUAUCACAUUUUUGCCCCCCUUUUUUUAGGAUUUACAAACCCGCAGUUAGGCGAGGACAAAGAUGACACAAUAGUUAUAGUAGCGGCGACCCUUGCAGCUAUCUUAUUCAUUGCACUAAUUGUACUUGGUGUAGUUCUAUUUUUGAGGCGGAAGAGACGACAAUCACAUGGUAACUUGCUUUCAACAACAGGACAAUGUUAAUGUUGUAAACAAUUUUUAUUCAGACUAUUUCCUUUUGUUAGCUCUGUUUUUUGGAAAGGUAGAGCCCGAAGAGACGCUGGCUACCAUGUAAUACUGAAAAAGGGUACCGGAUCCGCUACCCGUCGGAAAUUAAACUCCGACCGUUCUAGGUGUGACAGGCUUAAUAUUGUACCCUGACAACAACAACAACAACAACAAGCUUCAUUUACAUUUCGCUUUAGAAUAAUUAUAGUUACAUAAGGUAGUUUUAGUCUAACGCUCAGUUACAAUGCAAUAUAAUAAGGUCCUCUUCUAAAAAACAGACGACAAAAGAAGAAAAUUCAAAAGGUUGAGUUUGAUCGUCCGGGUGAACGUAGUCCUGAAUAGGACUGUUGUUGUUGACAGUGACUGAGAAGACAAAGAAGAAAAUAACUGCGUUUUAUUAUUAAAAAAGUUAAGAAUGCCUCAUCUUUCUUUUUUUCUGUUUUGAUUUAAAUUAUGAUUAUUUUUUAAAUUAUUAUUUUCUGAGUACAGUGUUAGCUCUAUGCAAUACCUAAGUUAGUUUAAAUAUUGCACGUGUUUCCAUCAUAUACCAAAACGGAUACCCAGCAAAUCCACAUUUUCAACAUGGAGUCCUGUUUCGUAAGUCAGAGAAUCAGUGACUUUUAAACUCGUCGGACAUAAUUUAUUAAGAAACAAAUUAUCUGGCAUAGAACAUAAUGAGGAUUUUGUCAAGGUUUUCGAUCCGAUCCCUACAAUAAUAUUCACUGAAUUUUAGCUGUCAUCCUUGAAACAUUUUCUUUUCUUCUUGAAACUCUUGAAAAAGAAAAUGAAUGAAAAACAAGGUCUUAAUAUAUAUAUAAUUGUUUUUUUUAAGGUGCUGAUGGGAAAGCAAAUAAGUCGUUGUAAGCAUGAUUCAAUUGCUUUUUGGUUUCUUCCUUGUUAUUAUUCAUUUGUAGACAUUACCAUUAUUGCAGUUUAAGCUUUUGCUUGUAGCCAGUGAAAGAAAAUGGCCCGAGCUAAAGGCUAUAUAUAAUUUUUAAACAAAGUCGAUGGCUCGAGUACAUUUUAUUUGCCCCGCAAAUCACCUAACGUAGUCUAAGGAUUGUCCUGGUAAAUACACUGGAGUAUUUGUUUAGUCUCAAGCUACAUUAUUUUCAACAAGUAAGAUGAUGUUUUUACACUUUGUCAUGGACUACAUUUUUUUAUGGAAUAACUGCACUUUCCCUGACGUGUUUAUUGAAGAUCUUUUAAAGGAAACAUUUUUUUAGUGAAUGGUGUAUAUUCUAUUGCACCCAUUUAAAUCACGCACCCAAUGUCACGGAUCACAGGUUUUGACGUACCUACGCUUAUUGACAACUAUUUUUUGUCUCUUACUUAUUUCAAUAAGCCAGUCGAACCAGCCAGAGAACCAGUACGAACCCAUCGACCCGGCUGAGGCCGCCAUACUGCUUGGGAAAACGAACAGUACCAACAGUCGCCCUGAGAACGAACAACCUGAAUACGCUAUGGUAAAGAAAAACGACCGAAAAGAGGUGUGUAUUGAAUAUCUAAUCAAGGUCUUGCUGCAAAUGAUAAUGAAAAACUAUUAUAGCUAUAGGUAAGUUCGCCAAAAUGUCGUCUAAUAAAAAAAGGCUUCUUGAUUCGUGAGUUUUAGAGAAACACUACCAUUCUCAGCAUUGAGAAAGGUAGGAUGAAAUUGAGGCUGAAUCGAGGCAAUUUCUUUUGGGCGCCUUCUAGAAAACGAUAUGUCCAUGUUUUGGUCUCUCCAAACUUGAUUGCCACAAGAUUUUAAUCAAAAAAUAGAAUCAUCAAUUUCAUUGACUGGUUGGUCAAUCCAAAGCUUGUCACAACACGAUCUGCGGAGUAACUGCAGAAUACCCGACCAUUUUGAAGCUAUACUCCCAUAACAGUGGCUACGUGGCUACGCGGCUACGCGGCUACGCGGCUACGUGGUUAGGGUUAGGGUUAGUUAUCCCUACGCACCUAUCCCUAACUCUAACUUUAACUCUAAGUGGCUACGUGGCUAGGUGGCUACACGGCUAGCCCUAACAGUAACUUUAACCCCAAGUGGCUACGCGGCUACGUAGCUAACCCUAACCAUAACCCUAAACUGAAUCACAGCUCUAACUCUCACCCUCACCCUAACCCUAACCCAAACCCAUAGAGAACGCAGCUACGUUGGUGAGAUAAUUCUAACUCUUAUCCUAACCCCGAGUCAGUCCGUCCCCUGGCCAAGUCUAACCCGAACUGAAAUGCUUAUAGAACGACGCAAAUUGUGUGGUAGUGGGAGUAAAUAGGAGGAUAAGGGGUAUUAGCUUCGAAGUGAGCUGCUAUUCUAAGUAGCCCCGUACCCACGUAGCCCCUUAGCCACGUAGCCACUGUUUUAGGGGAAUAGCUUUGAAAUGGCCGGGUAUUCUGCAGUUAAGCCCGAUCUGCAACAGUGCAAAUCGGCAAGAUAGUUAGGAAACGCGCGCGCGGUAGCUAAAUCAACUUGCAACCUCACCUAAUUGUUUGUCACAGAGUAUUAACAUUAUUGUCGUCAUCUUCAAUGGUCUUAUAAAUUAUCUGGCCGGUGUUUUUAGCCAAUAAAAGAAGAUACGACGCAAGAGUCUCCUGAAAUGGAUCAUGAAUACGCAGUAGUGAACAAAGCCAAGAAAAAGGUACCUUAUUAGUCCGAUGGGAUACUCCCACAUUGUGCCGCCCGAUAGGGUAUGGCUUUUAAGGGGCUCCAUCCUAAGCAUCAUUUUUGCUCUUGCUGGCGAUGUGUUUUGGUGGAUCGAGUCCCGUUUAUUUUCUCAGCUAAAAUGUAACUGGGUAAAUGCCUAGCUAUACGAGAAACAAUUCAUCUCACCUUAGAGAAGAGUAUUAGGAAAGAGAUCUUGGGAAGAUUUGGGUGUUCCCAUUAAAUUCUUACCGGUAGUUUUUGUUUUCUCCUUGAAUUGGGUCUCAUUAUUAUUUUUUUUUUAGGUUUAGGCCUUAAAUUGGUAGGGUUUAAGACCCUGGGCGGCACACACCGGGCUUCUUAGUUGUUAGUUUCAAUGGUUUUUUUUUUUUUUUUUUACCGAAACUAAGACUGAAAGGUAUCCUGCAGCAUUCGGUUAGGUUUGAAUGUGUGAGGCACAACUAGCUGACUCAGAUCGCCACUCAUCUAAAAUUCCUUCGCCAUGAAAUCGCUCAUCGACUAAAUGCUUUUAGUAAAUAAUAAACGUACCUUAAAGGGUGUUAUAAACUUCAUGGCUUUAAAACCUUUAAAGUUUUUGGUUCCACGGCCCUUUUACGGCUAGUUUUCUGUUUCUUCUCCCGGAAGAAACGUAAGUCUAGCUCAUAGUUAGUUUCCAUCAAACAACACAAUUGCACAGCGUUAUAUAGCGAGAACGCUCAUAUGAAUACUUGGGCACCAAUACGCAGGUUUAAAGUUGUUAUUCGUGCUCGUUGCCUUUGCAGAAAAAGGAUGGAGAUCUUCUUUAUGCUGAAAUCGACGUGGGUGAGUUUGGCGAAACCCAAAAUGACACUGAAGCACACAAACCGUCUUCAUAUGAGCCCACGGUAUAUGCUGACGUAAUGGUUGACAAGGCGGAUCCGGAUUCCACGCAACCAAAUUACACGAAUGUUCAGACUACCGGAAUGUAAAUGCACUAAACUUUUACCCUGAUAUAAAGAGACCAAACUGUAUAUUCAUGUAAUAAGGAUGUGAAUCUAGUGUCGCUAAAACAAAUAAAAAUGAGAAUGUGAAUGGGAAGAUUACCCUGCCGGUACUAACUCUUCGACUGUCGCAGGUUGAGAAUUUAUAGAAAUAGAUUAAAUAUUAAUUAUCGAGGUAAACUUUACUAUAUUGUGUAA